AUGAGUUUAACAACAGUAGAAGACGAUUCGUCUUCCGAAAUCCAUUUACCUGCGGAAAUUGACUGGCACAUGCUAGACAAAUCGAAGUUUUUCUUCCUUGGCGCCGCCUUAUUCUCCGGUGUCUCCGCCGCUCUUUAUCCAAUGGUGGUUUUGAAAACUCGGCAACAGGUUUCUUCUUCACACUACUCUUGUAUCAACAUGUCUUGUGCUAUUAUGCGCUAUGAAGGUUUUAGAGGUUUUUAUAAAGGCUUUGGUACUUCUUUGAUGGGGACUAUUCCUGCUAGAGCGCUUUACAUGACAGCACUUGAGGUUACGAAGAGUAACGUUGGUACUGCUUUUGUUGAUUUGGGUUUUUCUGAUAAUACUGCUACUGCUGUUGCUAGUGCUGCAGCUGGUGUUACUUCGGCUAUGUCUGCGCAAUUGGUGUGGACUCCGAUUGACGUUGUUAGUCAAAGACUUAUGGUUCAAGGUUGUACGGGUGGUGGCGGUGGGGGAAAGAGUAUUUUGGCGAAUCUUAAUUCGGAGAAUUAUAGAAAUGGUUUAGAUGUGUUUAGAAAAAUUCUUUAUAAUGAUGGGCCAAGAGGAUUCUAUAGAGGAUUUGGGAUUUCGAUAUUGACAUAUGCGCCAUCGAAUGCUGUUUGGUGGACUUCUUAUUCUAUGGUUCAUAGGUUCAUUUGGGGUAAUUUUGGUUCAUGUUUGUGUAAGAGUGGUAGUAAUUUGGGUGGUGGUGAUGGGUGUGUUGGUUUUAGGCCUGAUUCUAAGGCAAUGGUUGGUGUACAAGGUUUGAGUGCUGUUGUGGCGAGUGGUGUUUCGGCUAUUGUGACAAUGCCGUUUGAUACUAUUAAGACGAGGUUGCAGGUUUUGGAUACGGAGGAGAAUGGGAGAAGGCGGCCUUUAACUUUUGUGCAGACGGUUAGAAAUUUGGUAAAUGAAGGUGGUUUGUUUGCUUGUUACAAAGGAUUGGGACCGAGGUGGGUCUCGAUGUCUAUGUCCGCUACGACUAUGAUUACUACUUAUGAGUUUUUGAAACGCAUGUCUACCAAGAGGCAAGAUUAG